GGCACCAUGUGAUAUGAAUAAGGGCCAUUGCCUGAAAAGUCAACGAUUACAAAAGGGUACUUUUAAGGACCCCAUGUUAUUGACAGACACGUUGAGUUGUUAUUUGUGCUUGUGCAUAACUGCCAACACAGCAGCAGCAUCACCAAAUGAUCUGUGUUUUACCAAGACCGGGUACGAAGAUGGCCGUGGCGAGGAGGUCGAGCCUCCUGUGUUUCUUCCUCACCUUCUCCUGCAUCGGAAACCUCCUGUGGAUGCUGAGGGAUUUCGCCAGCACCUCGACUGUCACCGUCAGAUCAGGAGAGGGGUCGACCCCUCUGUCUAGAGAGAGCGCAGUCCCGUAUGAGCCUUGGGAUCUCGCCGCGCAGCUUAAUAAAAUCGAGGACAUGCUGGAAAUUAUUCUGGAAGAUGGCGCCGAGUCUGAGAAGACACCAGAGAAUGCACCGGUGUGUAAAGGGAACGAGUGGGUUUAUAGCCCCGAGACUCAUCUCUUCAAGGAGUGGGGCAAGGACCUCUCGGCACGGCAGAAGCGCAAAGCGUGUGAACGCUUCCUCACCUACGGCUACAACGCCUACCUGAGCGACCGGCUGCCCCUCGACCGCGACGUGCCCGACAAUCGGCCUCUCGGAUGCAGCACCAAAAAGUACCCGUCGGAGCUGCCGGCUCUCAGCCUGGUGCUGAUCUUCUACAACGAGGCCGUCUCCAUCCUGCUGCGCGCCGUCACCUCCGCCGUGCGCAACACGCCGCGCCACCUCCUCAAGGAGAUCAUCCUCAUAGAUGACUGCAGCACCUUGGGAGACCUGCAAGAACAAUUCAAAGCGAGGAUCGCGGCACUGGAUCGCAAGUACCCAGAGGUCUCCAUCCGCAUCGUCCGGCAUGCAACGCAGCGUGGGCUCAGCGCGUCGCGCGUCACCGGCAUCCGGGCCGCUACGGGGCCCGUGGUGGCCGUCAUGGACGCGCACGUGGAGUUCCCCGUCGGAUGGGCCGAGCCCAUCCUGGCGCGGAUCCAGGAGGACCGCCGCGUCGUGGUCUCCACGGUGUUCGACAACACGCACUACGACACGCUCGAGGUCCACCGCUACCCGUCGCAGGCGCAGACGUUCACCUGGCAGCUGUGGUGCACCUACAUGGUGCCCCCUCUCAAGUGGUUCUCCGACAAGGACGUCACGGCCCCCAUCAGGAGUCCGAUUGUGAUGGGCUGCAUGGCGGCCAGCAAGAGCUACCUGGAGGAGAUCGGCUUUCUGGAUGAAGGCAUGCAGGUGUACGGAGGGGAGAACGUGGAGCUGGGCCUCAGGGUGUGGCAGUGCGGGGGCAGCGUGGAGGUGCUGCCCUGCUCGCGCUUGGCUCACAUCGAACGCCACUUCAAGCCGUACGCCCCAGACCUGAGUUCCCACAUGCGCAGGAAUGCGCUGCGCGUGGCCGAGAUCUGGAUGGACGACUUCAAGAGGAACGUCUACAUGGCCUGGAACGUGCCCAUGAAUGGAUCCGGGAUCGACAUCGGUGACAUCUCGGAGCGCAUGGCUCUGCGCAAGCGGCUCAACUGCAAGAGCUUCGCGUGGUACCUGGAGAAUGUGCUGCCCUCACUGCCACGGCAUGAUGACAUCGUCCAGUACGGCGUGAUGACAAACAACAAACAAGUGGGCAUGUGCAUGGACAAAGGAAACCCAAUCUCACAGCGUCCCAUUCUGUACCAGUGCCAUGGAUACACCCCCCAGCUGGCAAUGAGAACCUCAGACAACCGGAUUAUGAUCGGGCUGAACAUAGACUUGGUGAGCCCCGGAGCUGUGUGUCUGGGGGUGUCAACAUCGGGAGUCGAGCCUGCGUUUGUGGACUGUCAGCUGUCCGGUCAGGAGGCCAGCAGCAGGCUGCUUCACUUUGAGAACGGAGAACUGAGGUUCCAGAAAGGAGAAAAGUGCCUGGAGGUGAAGGAACCUGCAAAGAAAAGCUACAGCCUGGAGCUCGUGCUGGUGCCCUGUUCUGGGCAGAAGUGGGAUUUGGCGUACUUCCGCAAAUCGUAGCCCCAAUACAGGGAACACAUUAUAUCAAGAUGUCAUCAUCGUGCUGAAAGCUGUCGAUCAGUAUCAGAAUAUUUUUUUAAUAAACUGGAGAAAUCCCAUGAGCUAUAAAGCUCUUUUUCAAAGGUGUCCAUUCGGAGUGGGUAAGAACGUUACAACAACAAACAACACAAAAACACGAUAGGAGUGCAA